GCUGGUCAGGUGUAUUGCCUCUCAGUCAUGACCACAGCUCCAUGCCUAGCUACGAGAAGGGAGCAGAUCGAGUGAGGAGCCGGCAAGGGACACAGGAUGGUGAGGUGCUGGAAACAUACAGAAACCCGUUUGGAGGAAGCCCAGUGCACGGAUGGGGGCUCUGCUGCUUCCAGCCAGACCCACUUCCCGCACAAGGCCUUCUGGGUCAGCCUCUCGGCCUCUCUGCUCCUGGUCGUCAUUGCGCUGGGUUUGACGGGGCACCUGGGGUUUCCUCAGCCUCACUCUGAGUCUCUACAGAUUGUCCGAAUCACAGUCCCAGAUCAGACUGGAGUUCUGAUCAACCAGUCGGCCGUUGUGGACCAGCAGAAGGACCUGGUGACCUUUUCCGUGACCUCACCUGCGAAUCAGACGUCCACCGUGCUCUUUGACGUCAAACAUGGUUUGAUAUGUUACAAGCCCGUCGAGCAGGAGAGCUGCUUCCUGCGAAAGAUGGAGCAGUCCGACUACGACAACGUGCACUCCCUCCUCCACGAGUCAACACACAAGCAGAGUCACUUCCAGCUGUCCGGGAACGAGACCCGGAGGCAGACGGAGUUCCUGGGGGUGCUGGCGGACGGUCAGGUGGAUGCGUCCACGCUGGAGGAGCCUCUCCAGGCUCUGUGUCAGGACAGCUCCAUCCACUGGACCAGGAGGGUCGAGGGCCCGGGGAAACAGAGGCUGGUCUACUUCUGCAUCGACAUCUGCUUUCCCAGCAACAUCUGCGUGUCGGUGUGCUUCUACUACCUGCCAGAGUGACUGUGUUCUCUUCCUCCUCCCAGCGAAAGAUCAGGGAAACAAAGUUGUCUUUUUAGCUCCCUCUCAAAAAAAAAUAAAAAAAAAGCAAAAGAACAAAAAGCCAGCUUUGACUGUUUCCUUUGUGCCAUACAGCCACUUGCAAACCAGUGAAGCAGCCAACCCUCCCAGUCCACUUCCAUCCUUCCGAGAGAGAAGAGAUGGAGACAGGCUGUCGCGGUUAUCGCCGAAGCCCGUCGUCACUCUCUGUGUAAUAUCCUCUCUGGUGGGACUCUGAAGAGAUUACAGAGUGCAUUUUUUCUUCUUCUUAAAUGCCUCUAAAUGCAUUUCCUGUAACCCACUGCAGCAGUAUCAUUAUGUGCAACUGUUCCAGUUGCAAUAAGAUUUUUUUUUGGGAUCUGUUAAAUAAAAGACUGUUGUGUA